AUGCCUGACAGCGCUGCUGUCCUUAACAUCAUCCUUCCUACUAUGUACGGCCUUUCCUGCUCCAGGAAUUCGCCUUCGCUGGACAACCCCGAAGCCGCGGUCGACAGAAUGCCCUCCUACGGCUUAGUUCCUUCUGUGGUCAUCGUGCUGGGCAACCCUCUCCUCGCAGGCCAUCACGACCUCCACGCGCUGGCUGAGAGAGUAUCCUCCCAUCUCCUUUCCUAUUACCUUCCCGAUAUCAUGGAUGAUAUGACAACCCGGAUGGGUGCAAAAUAUCUCUGCCAACUCAUGAAACUCCAUCUUUCAUGUCAAGAUGCCCUUAAAUCCAUUAUUAUCCGCCCACCGCACCCACAUCCCCCGACACAAGAGUGCGACUUUUGCAACAGAAGAAACUAA